GUUGGUGGUGGUGUUAUUUGUGGUGGGAACAGGUGUCGGGAAGUGGCGCCCCCAGUGAGCAAGACGCGCAUUGUGGGGCGCCGCUCGCUGACUAGUACCUCAGCCCCCAGGAAGCUAUGCCGCAGCGUGGGUGACGCCCCCACACAGCCCUGACCACCAUGACGGAUAUAGAAAAGAACUAUUUCGCCUUCUGGCGGCGCCUGUCGCGGCGCAGUGCAUCCAGCCCCGUGCUGUCCCGCGCCGCUCACACCUCCUCUCGCGCCCCACGCCCACAAGCGUCGCGCCCCAGCCGCCAGGUGCUGUCCUCCGAAAACCUGAGCACCGUGCCCGAGGAACGGCGCCUAGCUGCUGUCAGGGGUGGCGAGUGCCACUCGGCAGAGGACCUGCUGGAGGCCUCGCCGCUUAGGGGGCGCCGCGCUGCCUCCACGGGACACCUUUUCUCUUCCGGCGCCUCAAAGUCCACCGGCGCUCUGGAGCUGAAGGACGCUGCCAGGGAAGGGAAGAAGGGCAAGGAGGAGAAGAAAGUGAAGGAAGACAAAAAGGUGAAGGAGGACAAGAAGCGUCGCAUGAGGCUGCACCUGGGCAAGGCGCGCCAUCCCGCCGAGGGUCGCGCCAGAAAGCGAGGCCACAAGGAUGCCCCGGACUCCCCCGCCGCCUCAUCCUACCCGGACACUGCUGACAGCGGCGUGACGCGUUCGCCCUACGACUUCCCGUUGCCAGACAUCGGGGACUGCGUGGCCUCGCCCACCUACGACAUCCUCACGCCCUCGGAGCUCUACGAGCGCCGCUCCUCCCGCAGCGGCCGCGGCGCCUCGCAGCGCCUCACGCACGCUUCGUCCAGGCUCACUAGCGCGCCGUCAGCUUCCAUAGGGGAUCCGUCCUCCGCCCCUCAAGACAGGCACAGCCUGCAGCCUUCCUCCGCUGCCAAACCCCAGCCCCGGGAGUCUUCCUCGUCAGACCAGGCCACCCCACCUCCCUCCGAGCAGACCGCGAUGCCAGGCCAACAGCAGCAGCAGCAGCAGCAGCAGAUGGGCGAGGACAACGGGGAAUACGCGGUGCCGGGCCCCCCUGUGUUUAUAUAUGAGAUGCCGCCGCCCCCCAGGCUGGUGCACCCCGCGCCAACCAGCGCCGCCGAGGAUGCUCCUGACGCCAGGGUGACCCGCGCCGCCACGCCACCCGACCCACAAGUUGGUUCAGCGCUCACCACGCCCCCCGCCCAGCCAGCCGAUCCCGCCCCUACCCCUGGCACCCCAGACUCCGGCCCAGCCCCGCCCAACCCCAGCCUGGCGGCUGCCGAGACGCCCAAGGAAGAGGCUGCCUCACCCGCGGCCGAGACGCCCAAGGAAGAGGCUGCCUCACCCGUGGCAGAGAUGCCCAAGGAAGAGGCUGCCUCACCCGUGCCUGGCGGUACUGGGGAGAGGGGAGGCAAGUUCCCUGAAGCAGUGAGGCGCUCUCACAGCCAGCCUGUGGACGGCUCGCCCCACAGUUCCCUGAGACGCAGCCACAGCGAGCCGCGGCGCAGCCAGAGUGGGGAUAGGCCCAGCCCACACCACCCGUUAACCCGUGCCCUCACGCCCGCGGAGACCGAGGCCAUGCAGCCCAUCCUGGACGAACACCUGGCCAAGCACGGCCUGCGCGUACUGGCCGAGGCGGGCGUGGACCCCAACGCCUUGCACGACGCCCCGCGCCACGCACCCCUCGUCAAGGCUCCCAGCGAUCCCUCCCCCUCUCUGUCCCGCCCUGCCACGCUGUCCCUGAGCCCCCAGGAGUCGCCCCCGGGGAAGGGGACCCAUUCUCCCCUCAGAAGAACUGAUUCGGAACCUCCUCGAAGGCGCGUCAAGCCGCCGCCUCCCGUGCGCUCCUCUUCCACGCGCCUCACCACCGUGCUGCCGCCGCCCUCCACACUCGGCCAGGAGGCCCCAGAGAAGACCCACCUGAUGCACCGCGCGCGCUCCCUCACGUCCGUGACGAUGGUGGAGGACCCCGCGGCGCGCACCGUGACGCCUUUGGCUGCCACCCUCACCAGCACCCACACAUUAGCGCCUCUCUACCCUCAGCCCGGCGACCACCACCAACACGAUUUCCACACCUUCCCCCAGCGCGGCCACGCCCGCCUCCGCCGCGAGCACCUCACCACGCCCGCCGCCCACUCGGGGACGCAGCGCCGCUGGUCGCUGUCCCUGGAGGAGGACGUAACGCAGUACGUGGCGGAGGGGCGGGGGCGGCUCGCCACGUGCGGGGCCGCGGUGUCAGGAACUACUACUCCGUGACACGCCCCUACCAGCGGCGCACCAGCGAGCGCGACGUAGCCCGCGCUGCCCUCGUCAACUGGGCGGCGAUGCAGAUGGCGCAGCGCACCCCGUUGCCCACCCUCCCAUGGAUGGGGCGUGGACCCCACCCACCCAUCUAUGAGGAGCGGGAAGACCAGCUGAGAGACGCCGCGCUGUCCCGCCGCAGCCACACACUACCGCUGCAG